AAAUAUCCGGCGUUACAGUCCCUGGUUGAGGGGUAUAUAAGCAACAGAUUUAUUCUCUAGACUCACUCCUCUUCAGUUAGUUCAGUCAACAACAUGUAUAAGUUUGUCCUUGUUCUGUUGGCUUCUCCUCUGUGUCUUGGUGCACCCCAAGAGGGAUUUGGUGAUGCUUCUGCUCAGGAGAUCGCAGAAAUCCGUGCCGGUACAUACCUUGAAACAUUUGAUGAGAACCCGCAGUACAGCUUCAACUAUAAAGUGGCUGAUGACACUGAACAGACCUACAUGGCAAUGAAUGAGGACAGGGCCGGUGACCAAGUGACCGGCAGCUACCAAUAUGUUGACCCUCUUGGAUCCCUGAUUAUUGUAUCCUACACUGCAGGACCCAUGGGAUAUACUGAGACAAGAGAAGUUAAGGAAGGAUUUGUCCAGAUCCAGCAAAGACCAGCCAAGCAGUCUUCAUCAAGCUCUUCUUCCUUCAAUGGAGCCAGCAGUGGUUCAUCCUUCAGCGGAUCAAGUGGAUCAUCAUUUAACGGAGGAUCUUCCUUCAACUCAGGAUCAUCCUUCAAUGGAGGAUCUUCCUUUUCUUCCAAUACUGGAUCCUCUUCUUCCUUCUCUUCUGAUGAUAUUGUUAAUGCUGUUGUCUCCCAGGUUCAACCUCUUAUCUCACAAACUGUAUCCUCUGCUGUAUCUGGAUCCAGACGAACAUCUGCUCCUGCUCCUCUUGUUGUUCCUGCAGCUCCCCUCUCCACCACUGUUUUCUCCAACAAUGCCAACUCUGACAGCAUUGUAUCCCAAGUUGUUUCUAACAUUGCACCCCUAGUUUCCCAGACUGUAUCCUCAGCUGUAUCUGGAUCAAACCUUAACUCUGGAUCCAGAUUCCAGGCUAGCCGACCUGCUCCUAUUCCCGCCCCACGUGCCCCCCGUCCCGUCCAAGCAUCAGCUUCUACUUCCAGAAAUGUUGGCUCUGUUUCUGAACUGUUUGGUUCCGGAGGAGACUUCAACGUCAGAUUCAACACUCCUAGCUUUAACAUUGAGUAUUAAACCCAUUGUUUAACUAGACCCUUUUUCAUUCUGGUGGUAACUCAUGUAUUUAUCUAUGUACUGUAAUUAUGAUUAAAUAAAUUAUUGCAAGCUUUA